AUGUCAUGUGGGGAUUUGAGCUGUGCAAGAUUAGUUCUUGGUGAAAUGCCACCGAAACAGCAAAUUGAGGUGCCAAAACCUUUCGAAACAACAGAGGAAGAGGGAGUGAGCAGUAAUAAGGUGAUGACGGUGGUUGUUUCAGCUUGCAUUCAUUUGGGAGAGUGGGAGCUGGCCAAAUCAAUGGUCAGGUAUAUAGAUGUGAAUUGUGUGGAAGCUGAUGUUUGCUUGGGCAACACUGUGCUAAUAGAUAAUUAUGUGCAAUGCAGAUCGGUGGAAUCAGCUCAAAGGAUAUUCAGUAAGAUGAAGGAGAGGAAUAUUGUGACUUUAGAUGCCACAACAUUCUUCGAGUUAAUAAUCACUGCAUAUUCUUAAGCCAACCAUUUCUCUGAAGCAUUGGUGCCUUUUCAACGAAUGCAGAAAGUAAAUGUAAAGCCAGAUGAGAUUGUGGUCAUCAAUGUGCUAGCUGCUUGUGCACAUUUGGGUGCACUGAAUCUAGGGAAGUGGAUUCAUAAUCAUAUUUUGGAGAAACGAUAUUAAGGCAGAUAUUUAUGCGGGGACUCUUUGAUUGAUAUGUAUCCAAAGUGUGGAUGUGUGAUGGGGGCAUUCAAAUUGUUUGGUGGGAUGAAGGAGAAGGAUAUAACCUUGUCAUGGAAUUCAAUCAUGUUAGGGCUACCAACUAAUGGCUAUGUGAAAAGCACAUUGGAAGUUUUUUCUGACAUGUUGAAGGAAGGAUUUCAGCACAAGGAUGUUACCUUCCUUGGUGUCCUGGUUGCUUGUGCACAUAGUGGAUUGGCGGACAAGAGGGCAAGAUAUUUUGGUAGUAUGAAAGAAGUUAAUGCGGCGAUGGAGCCUCAAAUGAAGAAUCAUGGAUGUGUGGUGGACCUCCUUGGCUGUUCAGGUGAACUGGAAAAGGCUCGGAGAUUUAUCACAGAAAUGGCAAUGAGACCAGAUCCUAUUAUUUGGAGGACACUGCUAGGAGCUUGCUAGGUACAUGACAAUGUGAGUCUAGCUGAGAUUGCCACCAAGAAACUUCUUGAGUUGGAUCCUAGGAACAGUGGGAACUAUGUUCUGUUAUCAAACACUUAAGCAAUUGCAAACAAGUGGGAUGAUGACACGAAAAUGAGAGAAACAGUGGCAGAUUCUGAUGUGGAGGAAAUAUCUGGUUGCAGAUUGAUGAAAAUUAGCAACUCGGAAAAUGAGUUUAUAGCUGCUAAAGUUCCUCUUCUGACAAAGAAUUGAACAAACAUAUGGAACAGGAAUUGCAUCGGGGUUCUCCUCUAUCAGAAAGAACUCAGGGCAAAUCAGCUCAGUAUUUUUGAUGAAAAGAAGAAUCUCCUAAUCCUUAGAAAGAAGCGGGACAUGGUCUCAGUUUUCAGAAGUAGCAGAAACUGGAAAGCCAGAUACUGCCAAUGA